AUAAGUCAGUUCUAAUGGGUGGUAUGCAGUUUUCAGCCAAUAGAAAUGCAUCUUGACCAUUGUGAAUGGUAUCCUAAUGCUUUAAAAACUGGCAAGAUUUUCAGUUUAACGUGGAACUUUCUUGAAUUGCCAAGCUGAUCUAACGUGACUACACCAACUCCCGAUCAUCACAAUGAGUCUAUCUGCAAGUGAGAAGUCUGCUGUGCUUUCCAUAGUGGGAAAGAUUGGAUCUCAGGGCAGUGCUCUGGGCUCUGAGGCUUUGACCAGGCUUCUCCUUAGCUUCCCUCAGACCAAGACUUAUUUCACCCACUUUGACCAGACCCCUGGCUCUGCUGACCUCAACACACAUGGUGGAAAGAUCAUAAAUGCCCUUGUAGGUGCCGCCCAUCACCUGGAUGACCUUGCUGGCAACCUGUCCACCCUCAGUGACCUGCAUGCCUACAACCUAAGAGUGGAUCCAGGAAACUUUGCUCUGCUGAAUCACACUAUCCAGGUGGUCUUGGCUUCUCACUUCCCCGGUGAUUUCACUCCUGAGGUUCAGGCUGCCUUUGACAAAUUCCUUGCUCUAGUCUCUGCAGUCCUCACCUCCAAGUACAGAUAAAUCCACCCUACAUAACAGGCUACAUCAGAAAUUACAGAAAGUAAAACAACAUGCAAUGAAGUGUUCUCUGGGCCCAUUUCAGUUACAACCUAGUUGCAAUGUUUUUUGAAGUGUAUUUACUUGUGUAAAUUGUCCAUCAAAUAUAAAUCUGUUGUACUCUUAAAUAAAACUGAAAAUAUUUUCUA